AUGUCCGCACGAACAACUUCCCGCUCGCAAGACGAAAAGACCGUGCGCGAAUGGGGCUUCCGCCACGUCUUCACGUGGACUGAUGUCAUCCUUAAUCCUGAAAAAAAUACUGAAGCAAAAGAGCCCGGCAGCUACGCACACUACCCUCCGCACCAGCACCUCGGCCUGACCACGCACCUGAUCCGCCGCGGAACCCUGACCAUCACGUACCCGGACGACGCGAACCCGACCAAGGAGACGUUCGGGGUCGGCGCCCGCAUCGACGUGCCUGCGGGAAAGACGCACGAGGUCUGGAUGGGCGAAGAAGCUCUAGUCCUGGUCGAGGUCAGGGUCGAGGUCCGUCUACUCAACAUAAUUCAAAGAGGACAUGCACUGUAA